AUGGCACAGAUCAAUAACCAUGUCAUUGGGUUUACAAAAGAAGAUGGUAGGCGCCUCCACCACCCUCACAAUGAUGUGCUUGUGGUUAGCAUUCAAGUAAGGGACUACAACACCCACCGAGUCCUGGUGGAUAAUGGGAGCUCUAUCGACAUCCUCUACUACCCAACAUUCCAGCAGAUAAGGAUUGAUAGGGAACGAUUGAUUCCAGUUAAUGCGCCGCUCGUUGGAUUCGGAGGAAUAAAGAUCAAGCUAGAUAAGGCUGAUCAAAAGAAGACUUCAUUUGUCACCAUUCAGGGUCUCUUUUGCUGCAAUGUGAUGUCAUUCGGGCUCAAGAACGCAAGAGCCACAUAUCAGAGACUGAUGAACAAAAUGUUCGCACAUCAGAUUGGGAGGAAUGUGCAAGUUUACAUGGACAACAUGCUAGUAAAGAGCCUACAGGAGGACGAUCAUUUGAACGACCCUCCAAGAGACCUUUGA